UCUAGUCUAACCCUUUCAUUUUUACAGAGGAAUAAACUGAGGGUUGGAGAAGUCAAACGACUAUCUCAAGGUCGUACGAGCUAGACGCGGCAGGGCUAGGAUUUCGAACGUAGAGCUCCAGCCUCCGAGCCGACGCUCUUGUGCCUGCGCCAUUCCCACUGUCCCCCACAGCUAAAGCAAUUCUUGCUGCCGCUAUCUGACCUUCAGCAUCCAUCCUUUCUGCGGCCGGCUGCGUGGGCUGUGGAAAAGCAGAAUCUAUUUGCUGGCGGAGGAGGGGGUGGUUGGGGAGGAAGUUAAUUAGCCCUUCAGGACUUGCGGGGGAGAUCGAGCGACCCAAGUGGCCCGCUGAGGCUGGGGGCGGGGCACGUGCGCUCAGGUGCACCGCCUUCCGGGCCGCCAGGUGAGGCAGGUGAGGCAGGUGUGGCCCCGGGGCGGCCUCUACGCGCUGCCCGCGCCUCCCCCCAUCCUCCCAAGUACCCCCAAUUGGGCUCCGGCUCCGGCUCCAGCUGCGGGCGGCCUCUUCGCCCCGGUUACCGCUAGUGGCUGCUGUAGUUCUUCCGAGCCGAAGGAGGCUGCGGACAGAGUGUCCACCGCUCAAGAUGGCGGCUCCCAUGGCUCAUCCCUGGCGGCGGAGUGGGAAUAACUUUCUCGGCUAAGUUAGAUGGACAGUCCCCAUUAACCUAUUGGUCUGCCCCCCUCCUCAUUCUCCCCUGGCUCCCCUCAGCCCUGGGAGGAGUGUUUGUCUCAGGAGAAGUCUGGGGAGGGGGGAGACCAGGGGAAAAGGGUUUGUAAGGUUGCCCAUCCAUCAGGCGGGGAUGGUCCCCCCAGGGAAGAAGCCAGCCGGAGAGACUUCCAACUCGAACAAGAAAUGUAAGCGCUAUUUCAACGAGCAUUGGAAGGAAGAGUUCACUUGGCUGGAGUUUGACUAUGAGCGAAAGCUGAUGUUUUGCUUGGAGUGUAGGCAAGCCCUGGUUCGGAACAAGCACGGGAAGGCGGAGAAUGCCUUCACGGUGGGCACCGACAAUUUCCAGCGUCAUGCUUUGUUGCGCCAUGUGACUUCUGGGGCUCACUGCCAGGCCCUAGCUGUCAACCGGGAACAGCUGGCAUUUGAAGCCCAGGCAGGGUGUCACCGAAACCGGCCCCUGAACUCAGUAGGUAUGACCCCUCCUGCCUCUAUGGUGCCCAUCAAGAUGGAAGUGAACCCUGCCAAAGUGGCGGUGUUGACCACCGUUUACUGCAUGGCUAAGGAGGAUGUGCCAGAUGACCGCUGCCCCGCUCUGCUGGAACUACAGAGAUUCAACCUCUGCCAGGCACUCCUGGGCACUGAGCACGGCGAUUACUACACUUUGGGCAGCGUGAAGGACAUGCAGGCAGCCAUUGCCAGGGUCCUGUACUCUGAAGAUUACCAGCGGCUGAAGGCAUCCCCAUUUGUGGGACUGGUGCUGGACGAGGUCGGGGAUGGGCCAGAGCCUCAUAGCCUGGCCCUCUUUGCCACCUUGGUGUCUCCCUGUGAUGGCCAGCCUGCCAGCACCUUCCUGGGGAGUGUGGAGCUAGGGGUGGGUGAGGCCGCUCCUGGCCAGCUUCUGGGCAUUCUGAAGUCCUUCGGUGUUCCCGCACCCAAGCUGGCCUGGCUUGGCUCAGGACUCCCAAGUGAGCGUCUAGGUGACCUAGGCCUACAACUUCGGGUCACCUGCCCGCUGCUGGCCGAGCUCCAUUGCCUUCCGAGCCGAGGUCACCCAGAAGCCCCCACCUACGUCAGCGAGUAUGAGAGUGUCCUGGAUGCUCUGUUUCGACUCUAUGGCGGCUCUGGGGCCCAUGGGAUCCCAGAGCUCCGGGCAGCCCUGGACCUUGCAGCCAUCAAUCUGACAGGGCCACAGCGGGUGCCCUGGGCAUCAAUCUUGCCAGCUGUUGAAGCUGUGGCUGCCUCUUGGUCCCACCUAGUGCCCAUGCUAGAGGCUGCUUCCCCCACUUCCCCCCUUACGCAGGCACUGGCCCUUGCCCUCCGGAGGUUCACCUUCCUUGCCUUCACCUACCUCCUACUGGACACUUUGCCUGCUCUGCAGAAGCUCAGCCUCCUCCUUCAGCCUGAGGAGCCAGACUUGGCCCUGCUCCCUCCCCUGGUCAUCACCACUGCCGCCUCCCUGCAGGCUCAGAGAGGCUCAGAUGGGCCCCACUUUCAAAGCUUCCUGCAGGCACUGGCCAACCCCACCCCUGCUGGCAGUGGGGAGGGUGGCCGCUAUUGCUAUCAAGGGGUGGAGCUGACAGACUGUUCCCCGGCAACCAUCCAGAGCUUUGAGGACCUCCGGGGGGCUUUCCUGGACUCCCUGAGGAGGGGGCUGUGGGACUCCUUCCCAGGUCCCUCUCUGGACAUUGUGGCUGCAUUUGCUUCCGUCUUUGACUCUCGGCGAUACCCACAGUCCUUGGAAGAGCUCGGAGCCCAUGGGGAAGGAGCUCUUAGGUUACUGCUCCAGGCCUAUGCCCCUGUAGUGGUUGGUGAGAGAGCACUGAGUGACUUCCCCCUCUUUAAACGCAUUGUCUUCAGUUUGGGCCCACUGGGCCCACGGGACCUCUGCUGCAAACUCGUCUGUGCCCACUCGGAGCUGCACGAGCUCUUUCCUGACUUUGCCAUCCUGGCCUCGUUAGUCUUGGUCCUGCCCGCUGGUGCCAGCCUUCUUGACAAGGUUGCCAGGAGCCGGGAGCUUCGGUGGUGGGACCAGGGAAAGGGAGAGGGAGGCGACAUCCAGGGGAGCCACGUUGUGAAGAUUGCAGUGGAUGGCCCCCCACUCCACGAAUUCGACUUUGCCUUGGCCAUCGAGUUGUUUGAGAGUGGAGGUGGUGGGGUGGAAUUUUUGGGCACACAGAUCAAAUGAGGAGAUACCCUUUUCAUAUCUUAACUGGGUUCUCUCUUGUGUGACUAUGGAUUCCUAGACGGGAUUUUGACCCCUCUCGACAGGGGAGAGAGACUUUCCCCUGACUUGGAUAACUUUGUCCUAUAUUCCUUCCUGUUGUUAAUUUGUCACUCAGUGUGCCCUUAUACCAACCCAGCCUUGCUGGGGCUGGGAAUGGGGAGGGCUGAGGAGAAGCUCAGCAAUUUUAGUUCAGGAAUAACUUGGUAAGGAGUCGAAAGAGGAAAGCUAGGGAGGCUGGGGAGGGGACUUAGGCAUAUUUAUUGUGCUUUUGUCAUUUCCAGAGUUUUGUGCUAAACACAGUGGUGUUUUUGUUCCCCAUUCCCCUCGGACUUGGUAAAAAUUUUCAUUGAUGUAUGAACAUUAAUAAUUGGAAAUAGGAGGGGGCAGCUAGAUGGCACAGUGGAUAAAGCACCGGCCCUGGAUUCAGGAGGACCUGAGUUCAAAUCCAGCCUCAAAUACUUGACACUUACUAGCUGUGUGACCCUGGGCAAGUCAUUUAAUCCUCAUUGCCCCACCCAAAAAAAAAAUGGAAAUGGGAAAAGAACCUAGUCUUCCUAAUGGGGGAUGGGAGGGAAGAUAAUCUUGUCUACCUAGCUCUGAACCUUUGCUUUUGUCACUGUCCUUUUCCCUCUGGGAGCUAGCAAAUUUGGGGCAUCAUGCGUGGCAAAAGGAAAGAGCAUGGGACCCAGAACUGGGAGACCUGAAUGAAUUAUAGUUCUGUCUCUGCCCUUAACUCAACCUUGCGCAAGUCACAGCUUCUCUCUGGGUCUUACUUUCUUCCUUUUUCUAAAAUGAGGGAGUUGGAUCAGGUGAUUUCUAAGAUUGCUCCCAUCUCUGAUUUGCUCUUCAUCCUUACUAUAGCACAAUGCCUUCAGAGUUAGCCAGAAGUGGGUCUUUUCAGAAGUACAGGAAAGCCGAAAGACUUAGGGAGGUCCCUAUCUUUACCACCCCCUCCAGGAUGUCCAAGGACAUCUGUGUACAGAAAGGUGGACAUAAACAUAUAAAUAUAUACACAGAUAUAUUAAAUAAAUCUCUUAUCUUUUAUAGAAUUUGAGAUAAUGCUCGCAAAGAGGAUUUGGGUUUCUGGUUUGGUUUUUUUGCUAUGAUAUGGACCAAAAAAGUUCCAAGUAGAACAAAUUCCUCUCUCUUUUCUUCCUCUUAUUAAAGUUUGGUUGCUAUCCAAGCUCCCUUAUCUUCAGUCCAACCCCCUUAAGACCAAAGAGAGUGCAAAAUCAUAAUUGCUGCUCUAAUUCAACCUCACCUAAGCAGAUAUAUUUUUUCCAUUUCCUUUUCUUUCAUCCCUUCCCCAUUCUAGUUCUCCGCACACACAUGCACACGCAUGCACACCCAUUCCUAUAGGGCAAGUGAUAGGAGGGGAUAUCCUCUCCAUUGCUUGGUUGAGUACCCUUUCACCAUGGCUGACACAGCUGCUUCCUCCAUCCCUCUCCAGAAAAAGACCAACAGAGCAGAGUACCCCAGGUCCCAUCUGAGGGCGUCAGCUGACUGGUAGUAGUAGGGUAGGGAAGCCAGACAGGUUAUAAACUGUUAUGUCAGUGAGUGUCAUGCGUUCUCUCUGCCUUCUCCCCUGCUGCUUCCUGUGGGACCAGAGAUGGGGCGGAGGGGGGCGGGGUCAGUAAUGAUCUUUCCCCACCUCCAACCUUCCACGAGUCCAGCACCUUGGAACACAAUAAAACAGAACCAUCCCAACUCCUGACUCCCAACGUUCUGCAGUCUCUGGUGGUGUGUGGGUGUGUGUGUGUGUGUUGGAGGGACCCAGGUGGGCUGUCCCCUCUUUCUUUGACAAGGCUCUUUUCCUAGCUGGGGAUUCUGGUCCUGCUGCCUCCUAGAACCCCAUCAGAAGCCCCUUCUUUUUCAGAGAUGAUCUUCUGGGUGGGGUAGUCCCUCAGCCUGCCCAGAGGGGCCUCCUGUGGUUGGAGGGAGAUCUCCACAGCUAUCCCUCGAGGCUCCUUCAGUGUACUCCCUAUUCCUCUCCUGGGCCCCAGUACUAGGGUCUUCCAUCUCUGCCAGACUAGCAGUUCUUCCUGCUCUGAUCCCCCUCUCUCCUAACUUCUUCCUGCGUUUUGCCUCUCCUCUCCCCGCUGCCCCACGAUGUAAGUGAAAGGCCCUGUUGCUCAACCAUUUGGCCCCAAAGACUUCCUCCGUUCAUGGGCCUAAGAAUGGGGCAGGCCUUGGCCAAUGCCAUAUUUGCCCACUUACAAGAAAAUGCAGAUGCUGGUGCAUGACCCAUAUCUCCAGGUAGUUGAUGUGGGGAGAGAAGGCCUGGAGUUUCCUCUAGGUCAUCUUGUAAAGGAGAGGAGAUUUAUAUCCCAGCUGGUGAACCUUCUAUUGUCCAUCAUUAGGGUGUUGUCAUAGGGUUUAAAGAAUCUGGGAGGAGAAUGAAGGAAUGAAGG